CCCCUCGUCACGUACCUCUCAUCUAUAUAUGCGAAGCCCCCAUUUCUGAAAGAAACAGAGGUGAAAGAUGAAGUCUGGAGAGAUGUUUGCUUCGGCAGGAUCCAUAAUUGCUUCCCUAAUGUUCGUUUGGGCUAUGUUCCAACAGUGUUUCCCCUACCCACUUCGCAACCAAAUCGAGAAAUACUCUCAGAGGCUCGUCACUUUGGUGUACCCCUACGUCCAAAUCACGUUCCACGAGUUCACCGGAGAGCGCUUCAUGCGCAGCGAAGCCUACUCCGCCAUAGAGAACUACCUCAGCCCACGCGCCUCCACGCAAGCCAAGCGUCUCAAAGCCGACAUCGGCAAGAACAAUCAGUCUCUCGUGCUGAGCAUGGACGAUCACGAAGAAGUUGCUGAGGAAUUCAGAGGAGCUAAGCUGUGGUGGGCUUCUGGCAAGAACAACUCCAAAUCGGAGUCUCGUUCGUUUAACCCCUUGACCGACGAGAAAAGGUACUACAAGCUCACUUUUCACAAACGACAUAGAGAUUUGAUAGUAGAGACGUAUUUGAAUUAUGUGAUGAAAGAGGGGAAGGCUAUUAGGGUGAAAAAUAGGCAGAGGAAGCUUUACACGAAUAACGGGUCAUAUUGGAGCCAUGUCGCUUUGGAGCACCCAGCGACGUUUAAGACUUUAGCCAUGGAGCCGGAGAAGAAGGGGGAAAUUAUUGAUGAUCUCAUCACUUUCAGUAAGGCUGAGGAAUUCUUUAAGAGAAUUGGGAGGGCCUGGAAAAGAGGGUAUUUGCUGUACGGUCCCCCGGGGACCGGGAAAUCCACAAUGAUCGGUGCCAUGGCGAAUCUCUUAAGCUAUGAUAUCUAUGAUUUAGAAUUGACUGCUGUGAGGGAUAACACUGAAUUGAGGAAGCUACUCAUUGAAACGUCAAGCAAGUCUAUAAUUGUGAUUGAGGAUAUAGAUUGUUCGCUUGAUUUGACUGGGCAGAGGAGGAAGAAGGUGAAAAGGGAGGAUGAAGAAGAGAAUACAGAUCAAAGGCAAAGACCAGCGGCGGGCGAAAGAGAGGGCAGAGGUAGUCAGGUCACUCUUUCUGGGCUUUUGAACUUCAUUGAUGGGUUAUGGUCUGCUUGUGGUGGAGAAAGACUCAUAGUGUUCACCACAAAUCAGAUAGAGAAACUCGAUCCUGCGUUGAUUCGAAAAGGAAGAAUGGAUAAGCACAUAGAGUUGUCCUAUUGUAGCUUCGAGGCGUUUAAGGUUCUUGCUGAGAAUUAUCUCAGAAUCGAGUCCCACCGUUUGUUUCCCAGAAUCGGUGAAUUGCUUAGAGACGUUAAAAUCACACCAGCCGAUGUAGCAGAACACCUGAUGCCCAAGUCUGCUUCUGGGGAUUCUGAAAUUCAAUUGCAGAGCCUGAUUGAAGCUCUCGAAACGACAAGAGAGGAGGAGGCGAGAAAGAUUGAAGCUUUGGGCAAACAGGAAGCUGAUCAGACACAGCACGGUUCAUAAGUCAAAAUCAGCAGGAAAUUUCUGGGAAGGUUGGUGUAAAGGAAAAGCAAAAGAAAUGGAUUCGAGAGGGACAGUGAUACAGUAAAUAUGGAAAUAAUUUUGUCAUGUAGAGCCUUAAUUCAACAAUUUUGCAACUUGCGACAAUGUUGUGUUAUCAAUUUUUAGUACAAUAAUUAGAGAGUUGUUGGAUGA